GUGGGUGCGGAUGGGGCCGGCGGGGAGCGCUGGCUGCCGGCGGUGAACUGUGCUCGUCCCCGCGGGCAGCGGCGGCGCCCCCGCCCCCUCCCCGGGCAGCCGGCCUUCGUCAGGGAGGGACGGUCGGUUUGGAGCAGAGUCCAUCAUGGCCAGUGGCAGCUGUCAGGGGUGCGAGGAGGAGGACGAGGAAACUCUGAAGAAGUUGAUAGUCAGGCUGAACAAUGUCCAGGAAGGAAAACAGAUAGAGACCCUGGUCCAAAUUCUGGAGGAUAUGCUGGUGUUCACGUACGCCGACCACGCCUCCAAGUUAUUUCAAGGCAAAAAAGUCCACGUGCCUGUGUUGAUCGUCUUGGACUUGUAUAUGAGAGUCGCUAGCGUACAGCAGGUGGGUUGGUCACUUCUUUGUAAAUUGAUAGAAAUCUGUCCAAAUACAAUGCAAAGCUUAAUGGGACCUCAAGAUAUUGGACGUGAUUGGGAAGUACUUGGGGUUCACCAACUGAUUCUUAAAAUGCUAACAGUUCAUAAUGCCAGUGUAAACCUGUUAACAGUCGGACUGAAGGCCUUAGAUCUCCUUCUAACUUCAGGCAAAAUCACUUUGCUGAUACUGGAUGAAGAAAGUGAUAUUUUCUUGUUAAUUUUUGAUGCCAUGCGCACAUUUUCAGCCAAUGACGAAAUCCAGAAACUUGGAUGCAAAGCUUUACGUAUGCUGUUUGAAAGAGUUUCAGAGGAGCAGCUGACUGAAUUUGUUGAGAAUAAAGAUUAUAUGAUCUUGCUCAAUACGUUAAAAAAUUUUAAAGAUGAAGAGGAAAUUGUGCUUCAUGUCCUGCACUGUUUACAUUCCCUAGCAAUUCCUUGCAAUAAUGUUGAAGUCCUCAUGAGUGGCAAUGUCAGGUGUUAUAAUAUUGUGGUAGAAGCCAUGAAAGCAUUCCCUGUCAAUGAAAAAAUUCAAGAAGUAAGUUGCUGCUUGCUCCAUAGGCUUACAUUAGGUAAUUUUUUUAAUAUUCUGGUGUUAAAUGAGGUGCACGAGUUUGUGGUGAAAGCUGUGCGGCGAUACUCAGAGAACGCCACGUUACAGAUCGCGGGGCUCAGCUGCUUAGCGCUUCUCACUGAGACCAUUUUCUUAAAUCAAGACUUAGAGGAAAAGAAUGAGAAUCCGGAGAAUGAUGAUGAGGAGGAAGAUAAGUUGUUCUGGUUGGAAGCUUGUUACAAAGCAUUAACGUGGCAUAGGAAGAACAAGCACGUGCAGGAAGCUGCAUGCUGGGCCCUUAACAAUCUCCUUAUGUACCAAAACAGUUUACAUGAGAAGAUUGGAGAUGAAGAUGGCCAGUUCCCAGCUCAUAGGGAAGUGAUGCUUUCCAUGCUGAUGCAUUCCUCAUCAAAAGAAGUCUUCCAGGCAUCUGCAAAUGCAUUGUCGACUCUGUUAGAGCAAAACGUUAAUUUCAGAAAAAUCCUGUUGUCAAAAGGAAUAUACCUGAAUGUAUUGGAGUUAAUGCAGAGGCAUAUACAUUCUCCUGAAGUUGCUGAGAGUGGCUGUAAAAUGCUAAAUCAUCUCUUUGAAGGAAGCAGUGUGACUCUGGAUACAACGGCAGCAGUGGCCCCCAAAAUAAUAACAGUUAUGAAAAGUCAUGAGGCAUCCUUAUCAGUGCAGCUGGAGGGACUAAGAGCUGUUUUACAUUUCAUAGUUCCAGGCAUGCCAGAAGACUCCAGGGAAGAUAUUGAAUAUCAACAUAAGCUACAUAUGGUUAAGAAACAGUGUUUCAAGAAUGAUAUUCAUAAACUGGUCCUAGCAGCCUUGAACAGGUUCAUUGGAAAUCCUGGGAUUCAGAAAUGUGGGUUGAAAGUAAUUUCUUCUAUAGCGCGUUCUCCUGAUGCGUUAGAAGUAUUAUCCUUGGAAGGUGCUAUUGAUUCAGUGCUUCACACACUGCAGAUGUAUCCGGAUGACCAAGAAAUUCAAUGUCUGGGGUUAAGUCUUACAGGAUGCUUGAUUACAAAGAAGAAUUUAUGCAUAGGAACUGGACAUCUGCUGGCAAAAAUUCUGGUUUCCAGUUUACAACGAUUUAAGGAUAUGGCCGAAGUGCAGAUUAAAGGAUUUCAGACAAUCUUGACAAUACUGGAGUUGUCAGUGUCUUUUUCCAAGCUGCUGGUACACCAUUCCUUUGAUUCCGUGAUAUUCCAUCAGAUGUCUUCCAGUAUCAUGGAACAAAAGGAUCAACAGUUUCUAAACCUUUGUUGCAAGUGCUUUGCAAAAUUAGCUAUGGAUGAUGAGUUAAAAAGUGUGCUUCUAGAGAGAGCAUGUGAUCAGAAUAACAGUAUCAUGGUUGAAUGCUUGCUUCUCUUGGGAGCGGACGCCAAUGGAACAAAGGAGGCAACGUCUUUAAUUUGUCAGGUAUGUGAGAAAGCGAGUAGUCCCAAAUUGGUGGAACUGUUACUGAACGGUGGUUCCCGUGAACAAGAUGUCCGGAAAGCGCUGACGAUCAGCAUGGGCAAAGGUGACAGCCAGAUCAUCAGCUUACUUUUAAGGAGGCUUGCCCUGGAUCUGGCCAAUAAUAGCAUUUGCCUUGGAGGAUUCUGUAUAGGAAAAAUUGACCCUUCAUGGCUUGGUCCUUUAUUUCCGGAUAAGACAUCUAAUUUAAGAAAAGAAACAAAUAUAGGAUCCACCCUAGCAAGAAUGGUGCUCAGAUAUCAGAUGAAAAGUGCUGUGGAAGAAGGGGCAGCUUCAGGCAGCAAUGGGAAUUUUCCUGAAGGAGUACUUGAUAAAUUUGAUGAAUGGGCCUUCAUUCCAGACUCCUAUGUGGACAGUGUGUUUGGUCAAAGUGAUGACCUGGAUAGUGAAGGAAGUGAAGGCUCAUUUCUUGUGAAAAGAAAAUCCAAUUCAAUUAGCGUAGGAGAAUUUUACCGAGAUUGUGCCUUGCAGCGUUGUUCACCAAAUUUGCAAAGGCAUUCCUGUUCGUUGGGACCUAUUUUUGAUCAUGAAGAUUUACUGAGGAGAAAAAGAAAAAUAUUGUCUUCAGAUGACUCACUCAGGUCAUCAAAACUUCAAUCCCAUAUGAGGCAUUCAGACAGCAUUUCUUCCCUGGCUUCUGAGAGAGAAUAUAUUACAUCAUUAGACCUUUCAGCGAAUGAACUAAGAGACAUCGAUGCCCUAAGCCAGAGAUGCUGUAUCAGUGGUCAUUUGGAGCACCUUGAAAAGCUGGAGCUUCACCAGAAUGCACUCACGAGCUUUCCACAACAACUGUGUGAAACCCUGAAGUGUUUGACACAUUUGGACUUGCACAGUAAUAAAUUUACAUCAUUUCCCUCUUACUUGUUGAAAAUGAAUUGUAUUGCCAACCUCGAUGUCUCUCGAAACGACAUCAGCCCUUCAGUAGUUUUGGACUCUGCAGUGAAGUGCCCAACCUUGAAACAGUUUAACUUGUCAUACAAUCAGCUGUCUUCUUUUCCUGAGAACCUUGGCGAUGUGGUAGAGAAAUUGGAACAGCUCAUUUUAGAAGGAAAUAAAAUACCGGAAAUAUGUUCCCCCUUAAGCCUGAAGGAACUGAAGAUUUUAAACCUUAGUAAAAAUCACAUUACAUCCCUGUCAGAAGACUUCCUUGAGGCAUGUCCUAAAGUGGAGAGUUUCAGUGCCAGAAUGAAUUAUCUUGCUGCUAUGCCUUUUUUGCCUUCUUCGCUGACAAGCCUAAAAUUAUCUCAAAACAGAUUUACAUGUGUUCCAGAAGCAAUUUUAAAUCUUCCACACUUGCGAUCCUUAGAUAUGAGCAGCAAUGAAAUUGAAUAUUUGCCGAGUCCUGCACACUGGAAAUCUUUGAACUUAAGGGAACUCUUGUUCAGUUUUAAUCAAAUCAGCAUCUUGGACUUGAGUGAAAAAGCGUAUGUGUGGUCAAGAGUAGAGAAACUACAUCUUUCUCAUAAUAAACUGAAAGAGAUCCCUCCUGAGAUUGGCUGUCUUGAAAACCUGACCUCCCUUGAUGUCAGUUACAAUUUGGAACUGAGAUCCUUUCCCAAUGAAAUGGGGAAGUUAAGCAAAAUAUGGGAUCUUCCUUUGGAUGAACUACGGCUUAAUUUUGAUUUUAAACAUAUAGGAUGUAAAGCCAAAGACAUCAUAAGGUUUCUUCAACAGCGGUUAAAAAAGGCCGUACCCUACAACCGAAUGAAGCUUAUGAUUGUGGGAAAUACUGGGAGUGGUAAAACCACCUUAUUGCAGCAAUUAACAAAAACCAAGAAAUCCGAUCUUGGGGUGCAAAGCGCCACAGUUGGCAUAGAUGUGAAAGACUGGCCUAUCCAAAUAAGAGGCAAAGGGAGGAAAGACCUCAUUCUAAACGUGUGGGAUUUUGCAGGUCGUGAGGAGUUCUAUAGCACUCAUCCGCAUUUCAUGACCCAACGAGCCCUCUACCUUGCCGUCUAUGACCUCAGCAAAGGGCAGGCUGAAGUGGACGCCAUGAAGCCUUGGCUCUUCAAUAUAAAGGCUCGUGCUUCUUCUUCUCCUGUGAUUCUUGUUGGCACACAUUUGGAUGUUUCUGAUGAAAAGCAGCGUAAAGCCUGCAUAAGUAAAAUCACCAAGGAACUCUUGAACAAGCGGGGGUUUCCUGCAAUAAGGGAUUACCACUUCGUGAAUGCCACUGAGGAGUCCGAUGCCUUGGCAAAGCUUCGGAAAACCAUCAUAAAUGAGAGUCUUAAUUUCAAGAUCCGAGAUCAGCCUGUUGUCGGGCAGCUGAUCCCAGACUGCUAUGUAGAACUUGAGAAAAUCAUUUUAUCGGAGCGUAAAAAUGUGCCAAUUGAAUUUCCUGUAAUCGACCGGAAACGAUUAUUACAACUUGUAAAAGAAAAUCAGCUGCAGUUGGAUGAAAAUGAGCUUCCUCAUGCAGUUCACUUCCUCAAUGAAUCAGGGGUCCUUCUUCAUUUUCAAGACCCAGCAUUGCAGUUAAGUGACUUAUAUUUUGUGGAACCCAAGUGGCUUUGUAAAGUCAUGGCACAGAUUUUGACAGUGAAAGUGGAAGGCUAUCCAAAACAUCCUAAGGGGAUCAUUUCACGUAGAGAUGUGGAGAAAUUUCUUUCAAAGAAAAAGAGAUUUCCAAAGAACUACAUGUCACAGUACUUUAAACUCCUAGAAAAAUUCCAGAUUGCCUUGCCAAUAGGAGAAGAAUAUUUGCUUGUUCCAAGCAGUUUGUCUGACCACAGGCCUGUGAUAGAGCUUCCCCAUUGUGAGAACUCUGAAAUUAUCAUUCGACUAUAUGAAAUGCCUUAUUUUCCAAUGGGAUUUUGGUCCCGGUUAAUCAAUCGAUUACUUGAAAUUUCACCUUACAUGCUUUCAGGAAGAGAACGAGCACUUCGCCCAAACAGAAUGUAUUGGCGACAAGGCAUCUACUUGAAUUGGUCUCCUGAAGCUUAUUGUCUGGUAGGAUCUGAAGUCUUAGACAAUCACCCAGAGAGUUUCUUAAAAAUUACAGUUCCUUCUUGUAGAAAAGGAUGUAUUCUUCUGGGCCAAGUUGUGGACCACAUUGAUUCUCUCAUGGAAGAAUGGUUUCCUGGAUUACUGGAGAUUGAUAUCUGUGGUGAAGGAGAAACUCUGUUGAAGAAAUGGGCAUUAUAUAGUUUUAAUGAUGGUGAAGAGCAUCAAAAAAUCUUACUUGAUGACUUGAUGAAGAAAGCAGAAGAAGGAGACCUCCUAGUAAAUCCAGAUCAACCAAGGCUAACCAUCCCAAUAUCUCAAAUUGCUCCUGACUUAAUUUUGGCUGACCUGCCUAGAAAUAUUAUGUUGAAUAAUGAUGAGUUGGAAUUUGAACAAGCUCCAGAGUUUCUCUUAGGUGAUGGCAGUUUUGGAUCUGUUUAUCGAGCAGCCUAUGAAGGAGAAGAAGUGGCUGUGAAGAUUUUCAAUAAACAUACAUCACUUAGACUGUUAAGACAGGAGCUGGUGGUCCUUUGCCACCUCCACCACCCCAGCUUAAUAUCUUUGCUGGCGGCUGGGAUUCGUCCUCGCAUGUUGGUGAUGGAGUUGGCCUCCAAGGGUUCGCUGGACCGCUUGCUUCAGCAGGACAAAGGAAGUCUCACCAGAACCCUGCAGCACAGGAUUGCGCUACAUGUGGCUGAUGGCUUGAGAUACCUCCACUCAGCCAUGAUUAUAUACCGUGACUUGAAGCCCCACAACGUGCUGCUCUUCACCCUGUAUCCCAAUGCAGGCAUCAUCGCGAAGAUUGCGGACUAUGGGAUUGCUCAGUACUGCUGUAGAAUGGGGAUAAAGACGUCAGAAGGCACACCAGGGUUUCGUGCACCUGAGGUUGCUAGAGGAAAUGUUAUUUAUAACCAACAGGCUGAUGUUUAUUCAUUUGGUUUACUACUCUAUGACAUUUUGACAACUGGAGGGAGAAUAGCGGAGGGUUUGAAGUUUCCAAAUGAGUUUGAUGAGCUGGCAAUACAAGGAAAAUUACCUGAUCCAGUUAAAGAAUAUGGCUGUGCCCCAUGGCCCAUGGUUGAGAAGUUAAUUAAAAAGUGUUUGAAGGAAAAUCCUCAAGAAAGGCCUACUUCUGCCCAGGUCUUUGACAAUUUGAAUUCAGCUGAGUUAAUCUGUCUGAUGAGACGUAUAACAAUACCUAAAAACUUUAGUGUUGAAUGCAUGGUCUCUACAAAUCAUAACAACAAGAAUGCAAGCAUCUGGCUGGGCUGUGGGCACCGUGACAAAGGACAGCUCUUAUUUCUUGACUUAAAUACAGAAAAACACACUUCUGAGGAAGUUAUUGAUAGUAGAAUACUGUGCCUGGCUUUGGUGUCUCUUCCUGUGGAAAAGGAAAGCUGGAUCGUGUGUGGGACACAGUCUGGCACGCUCCUGGUCAUCAAUACCGAAGAUGGGGAAAAGAGGCAUACUCUUGAAAAGAUGACUGAUUCCGUGACUUGCUUGUAUUGCAAUCCCUUUCCCAAGCAAAGCAAGCAAAAAAAUUUUCUUCUGGUGGGAACUGCUGAUGGCAAUUUAGCAAUUUUUGAAGAUAAAACUGUUAAGUGUAAAGGAGCUGUUCCUUUGAAGAUACUAAAUAUAGGAAAUGUCAGUACUCCACUGAUGUGUUUGAGUGAAUCCAUGAAUUCAACUGAAAAAAACAUUAUGUGGGGAGGAUGUGGUACAAAACUUUUCUCAUUUUCUGAUGAUUUCACCAUUCAGAAGCUCAUUGAGACAAAGACAAAUCAGCUGUUUUCUUAUGCAGCUUUCAGUGACUCCAACAUCAUAGCAGUGGUGGUAGACACGGCUCUCUACGUUGCUAAGAAAAAUAGUCCAUUUGUGGAAGUACGGGAUAAGAAAACUGAAAAACUUUGUGAACUAAUAGACUGUGUGCACUUUUUAAAGGAGGAAAUGGUAAAAGUAAGUGCAGAAUCAAAACACAAACUGUCUUAUUCUGGGAGAGUAAAAACCCUGUGCCUCCAGAAGAACACCGCUCUCUGGAUAGGAACUGGAGGAGGCCAUAUUUUACUCCUUGAUCUUUCAACUCGUCGAAUUAUACGUAUAAUUCACAAUUUUUGUGAUUCUGUCAGAGUCAUGAUGACAGCACAAUUAGAAGACUCAUAUUUUUUUAAAGGAAGCCUUAAAAAUGUCAUGCUGGUUUUGGGGUACAUCCGGAAAAGUACUGAAAGUACACAACACCAAAAAGAGAUACAAUCUUGUUUGUCUGUUUGGGACCUCAACCUUCCACAUGAAGUGCAAAAUUUAGAAAAACAUAUUGAAGUGAGAAAAGAAUUAGCUGAGAAAAUGAGAAGAAUAUCUGUUGAAUAAGAGAGAUAUUGGAGAUCUUUGUUUUUGGAUGGGAAAAUUAUUCUCUUGUAAAUAUUUCUUUAAAUGUGUUUACAUAUGAAAAGCGUACUUCCACUUUUUGAAAUAGCUCAUGUGUAUAUGAAGGAAUGUUCAUAAAUUUUAUUUUAAAUAUAAAUAUGUGUAAAAAUAAUUAUCAGUAAAAAUAUGUUUUGAAAAGCUAUUUAAAAUAUAACAUUAUAUUUCCUACACAUCCUAAUUAAUUUUGUGGAUUAAGUAAUGAAAGGAAAUCUAAAAAGUACAUAAUUGCAGGACUAAUACUAAAAUUUACAAAGCAAUUAAUUUUGUUGUUAUCCAUAAGGAAAGUAAACAUUAUUUAAAAUUCUGUGCUUAAACAAGACUGUUGUUUGAUUACUUCUAGGUAUUCUGCUAAGUGGAAUAAAACUAUUAGGACUGUUUCACAUGUAAUACAUUCCUUCUUAGAUUGCUUUUACGUGCAGCUAUCAUACAUGCUUGUAAAACAUCAAUGAAUUUUCACUAAUAAAGUCCUUCAUUGGGAUGUGUGUUCACUUUGUUGCUGAUUCAAACAAUGCAUUUCAUGCAACUUCCUUCCAUCUGAAAGAAAAUGUCAUGAAAAGUGCUGAUGAGAAAAUGUAACAUACUGUUCUCAUAUCCAGGAAAGACACAGUCAUUUUCUCUUUUCCUAUUUCACAAUUCUUUUUGAAUGUGGCUACCCUGAAAUUUGUAUAAUUGGUAUAAAUACAAUGUUCAGUCUUCAAGUGAUAUUUUUUAUGUUUUAACUUGAAUUCUCAGUGGUAAGCCAGACCGCUGGUUACUUAUUCCUAAUCUCUGCUCCAACACUUCUACCCAUCUUCUUCCUAAAUUUGUGACUCUGCAAAUCCUGCAUCACUCAGGAAAAAAACCACAUUUCCAGAAUUACAGGAUUCCACAACUCCCAUCAAGACCAUGGAUGCAAGUUUGUAACACUUUUGUUUGCUGAAGAAGAAAGGACCUUCAGGCUAUGAUGGGAGAAAAUACUUGCUAAUCUAGUCUCCUAAAUUAUACCUAAAUUGUUUAAAUAUCUUCCCACAGUAGGAAUAUCAGGGCCAAGUAUCUAGGAAACAAUUUCCGUGCCAUUUCUGUUUUAAGGAAAAACAUUUCUGGUAAAUUCAUUGGUCCUGGCCAAUAGUCAUAAUUUCAAAUAAUUCCCUGUGAAAGGAUAACCAGUCCAUUUAUAUUCUCAGAACUGACUGAUGUUGUAUUAUAGGAUGACUUUAAAAAUAAUGGAGGAGUUUGUUCCUGUGAUAUUUCUCAUUGUUACUUUGUAUUUAUUGCAAUUUUUUACAAAGAUAAUGAUGAAAAAAUAUGUAAAUGAACAUUGUAUUUAAAUGGAAUAAUAAACAUUUUUAAAGCAUGUUUAAGAA